AUGUAUAAUGCACCAGUCAAUUAUAAGAUCCUCCCCCACUGCAAGAUGAUUCAUGACUGUGGGGGAUACUACAGGGGGGAAAAAGUGGCAAAACGGAGUGAUUCAGAAGGUGGAGGUGGUCAAUCCGUUGCGAUGCAUGGUAAAGGUGGUCCAUCUGCCAGUGAAGGUGUUGAAUCUGAUGUGCCACCUUCAAAUGAUGGAGGUGAUUCUGUUGGUGGAGGGGAUCAAUCUGACGCCUUACCUUCAAACAUGUCAAAUGGUGGAGAUGAUUCUGCUGGUGGAGCGGAUAAAUCUGACGCCUUACCUUCAAACAUGUCUAUUGGUGGGGAUGAUUCUGCUGUGCAUGAUCCAGAGAAUGAGGGAGAAUCACAACCACUUCUUCUGAGUUCUCAUCAAGAAAAUAAAGGAAAUGUGAAGGAAAGUAUGGAUGGUUCACUGAAGAGGCUCAAGACAUGCAUUGAAGUCUUUGGCCGCGUGGACAUUCAAAACAAUCAGGGAGGUGGCAACUGUUUCUUCCAUGCGGUGGUAGACCAACUGGAAUGGUUGGGUAUUCUUGGACAGAACAGUGCUAAAAAUCUGCGGAUAAAAUUGGUUGAAUUUCUUCGCCAGUUGCAACCUGAUGAUCCAAUAUCAGGAUCCUUGCCAGCAUCAAAGCAUAAGCGCAAAGAAUACCUGGACAAACUGGCCAAAGACGGCACAUGUGUGGAAGCAGAGGAUGUUAAAGGAACAGCCAAAAUGCUCAAGUGUGAUUUGCAUGUAGUUGUGUUGACAGAUCAUGACCAUUAUGUGGUUGACAUUAAGAAGGGUGGAACCAACGGAAAACGGCUCUCGUUGGGCCUUGUCGAUCAGCAUUACAUAAGCCUGCGAUCAUAUUACAAUCGGCAAGCAGGUGUUGGAGCUAAGCCUAUCGAUCAGCAUCGCGCUCAACAACUAGAUCCCAGCUCGUCAGUCCAACCCAAACCCAGCAAUAAAGCCCAAGCUCAGCAAUCGCUUCCCCCAGACAGCCCGUCAGUCAAACCCAAGCCCGGCAAUAAUAACCAAACUCAGCAAUCGGGUCCCAGCUCGUCUAUCCGGCCCAAUCCCGACAGUCGAGCCCAUUUGCAACCUCAACAAUCGGUUCCCGGCUCACCAAUCGAAUCCCCUAAUCCAGAGUUUUACAAGUCUGUAAAGUCAUAUCCGGCCUUUGAAUUGGGGUCAAUUAAGCAAUUGGAUUCUAGCUGUACGAUUCGACCCGAGAUAAUUAAUUCGAAGGAAGGAAUGUAGUAUCCAAACGCCACUCCAACGGUUAUGUGCUUAUAGUCAAGAACAUUUUCAAAGUAAUGCCUAACAAAAUUGGAAACGUUUCAUUGGAAAAGAUUCAUGUAUUUUCAACAAUUUUGCAAUGACCAACCAUCAUUGAGAAGAUAUGAUAAAAAAGUGGUGUUAGGAUGCAACAUUCUUUUCAAUUUGGAAAGCAGAUCUGGCACUGGGAGUAGCGACCAAAGAAACUGAUCAUCCGUUCUGAGGAAUUUAUAAUUCCCUUCGUGAUCGCUUUAGUUUCCUUCUGAAUUUUAACAACCUGUAGUGUAUUCCUCCAAUGUCUGAAAACUGCCACUUUCUUAAUCAUGCAUCAUCACUGUAAUUAUGUUCCAUUACAUGUAUUCCCUCAUUUACUCUAUUCAAAGGGUACACUUGGAAAAUUAAAAAUUAACCGCCUUAAAUGACCACCUUCCAUAAUCUUUUUAAUUCAGGGGAAAUUGAACAUUGUGUGUGAAAAUUGUAAACGAAAUGUAUUUUUGUACUAUUAACUAAUGGUUAAAUUGUCUUAUUUUAUCAAAUAGAAUGUAACAUUAAGUGCCUAAUAUAUGUACAUUAUAUACUCGGUACUUUUGUAUAUUUAGAAUUUAAAUUGCAAAUCUUCAGUUUUUCUCUCUUUUUUCAUCAUUAUAUUUCGUGGUUUAGAAUUGCAAUUGAUGUAUAGAUGUAGAUAUUUUUUACUUGUUAAUAGUGCCUUAAUUGUGCCUUAAUAGUGCAUUAAUUGUGUGAAAUGAUAUUUCGAAAAGCAGGUGAUAAAAAUGUGAUUAUAUCGACAUGGAUGCCAUUCUAAUAACCGCAAACAUGAUAAAUUUGCAUCUAAAUCUGAAUGUGAACGUAUUUUAGCAAGUUGAGGUGAACUACAAAUGAUUCAUUCUAAAGAAAUGUGUGGAAAGAAACUAAAUUUUACAAGUACUUAACUUUACAACUUCUUACAUAAAUAUAUAAUAUAAAUAAAAAGUAGUAUGAAUAUAAAUGAAAUAUGAAUAUUUGUGUUGUGGGCAAAAGCCAUUUCUGAUCACCGUGGGUCGGAUAUUAAGAAUAUUGUAUAAUAUUUGUUAUUUUUUUAACACAUUCCUAAAAAAAAAUUCUUGGAUUUGGUCACAAAAUGUAAUGGAAACCGAGCGGUUCAACAAAAGCAAAACAUCCACAGAUCGCUUUUGUUUUGUCUACAAAUUGCCAGGCUUGCCUUUCCUCUGUAUGGACUUUGAAAUAAGGUCAAUUCAAGUUCAAUUAUAAUCGCGCUCGAUUUGGUAUUUGCCCGCGUGUAAUAUUUAAAACGAAUACUAGUACGUGGUUUGUCAAUAUGGAAACUAGUGCCGGAAAUAGAUAAGUACUAGUCUAUGUAGAUAUAGAACUUAAAUAGGAAUGAUUAAAAUGGUCUGAGCAUGGUUUUGUUUUUCAUUAUGCCAUAUUUACAAGCCAGUACUGAAAUGUUGUACGAUAUUGUUUUCUUUUUAAGCUCAAAGGAGCAGCAAACUCUUAUAAUUGAGAUGUGUUUGUUUUGCAUAGAUUUCUUUGGUGGCCAUAUUUUUUUCAAAUUAAAACGUUGGGGAUGAGAGGGGGGGACGGGGACAUGCGAGUAAUUUUGUCCCGGUCCAAAGUGUGACAUUUUCCCCUGAUCUUGUUACCGUUUUGUUUUUCCUUUGUCAUUUGCCAUCUUUGCCAUCUAAGUAUCAAAUUAAAAGAAUGACUACAAACAAUUUUAUUAUUUUGAAAGUUUGCUUUGCUAAUGCUUGCAUGCUAUUCAUAAUCACUCUGCGAAGACGAUUGGGUGAAGGAGUGCAUCAGAAUAUUAGAAUAAUAGACGUCAGUAGAAUUACUAGUAAUGUAGUUGAGAAAGUUUGAAUAAUACAACCUCAUAAUAGCAAA